UGAAUACAGAGGUUUGGUGAAACACACAGGAGGCUGCCACUGCGGAGCCGUCCGCUUUGAGGUCUGGGCUUCAGCAGAUCUGCAUGUUUUUAACUGCAAUUGCAGCAUUUGCACAAAGAAGCAGAACAGACACUUCAUUGUCCCAGCGUCGCAUUUCAAGCUGCUGAAGGGUGCUGAUAAUUUGACAACAUACACCUUCAACACACGUCGUGCCCGGCACACAUUCUGCAAGACCUGUGGUGUACAGAGCUUUUAUACUCCUCGUUCUAACCCAGAUGGUUAUGGAAUAGCUCCCCACUGUCUGGACGAUGGCACCGUGCAGACCAUUGUCACAGAGGACUUCAACGGCAAGGAAUGGGAGAAGGCAGUGAAGGAGCACAAGACCAUAAGAGACAUGUCAAAGCUCUAA